CUCUCCCCCCCCUCCAGCCUCAAAGUGGAGUAUGACAAGCUGGCGAACGAGAAGACCGAAAUGCAGCGCCAUUACGUUAUGUACUACGAAAUGUCCUACGGUUUGAACAUUGAAAUGCACAAACAGACAGAAAUUGCUAAAAGACUGAAUACAAUUUUAGCCCAGAUCAUGCCUUUUCUGUCACAAGAGCACCAACAGCAAGUGGCACAGGCUGUUGAACGUGCCAAGCAAGUGACAAUGACGGAGUUGAAUGCUAUCAUCGGGGUACGUGGACUUCCCAAUCUGCCUCUCACCCAGCAGCAGCUCCAGGCCCAGCACCUCUCCCACGCCGCCCACGGGCCCCCGGUCCAGCUGCCGCCGCAUCCCUCGGGGCUCCAACCGCCGGGAAUUCCGCCGGUCACCGGCACCAGCUCGGGGCUGCUGGCCCUCGGAGCCCUGGGCAGCCAGGCCCACCUUGCUGUCAAGGAUGAGAAGAACCACCAUGACCUGGACCACAGAGAGCGAGACUCAAGUGCAAAUAAUUCCGUGUCGCCCUCGGAGAGCCUGAGAGCCAGCGAGAAGCACCGGAGCUCCACGGAUUACAGCAUCGACUCCAAGAAGCGGAAAGCGGAGGAGAAGGACAGCAUGAGCCGAUAUGACAGCGAUGGUGACAAGAGCGAUGACCUGGUGGUCGACGUCUCCAACGAGGAUCCCGCCACCCCCCGAGUCAGCCCGGCCCACUCGCCCCCGGAGAACGGCCUGGACAAAGCCCGCGGGCUGAAGAAGGGAGACGCUCCCAACAGCCCGGCCUCGGUCGCCUCCUCCAGCAGCACUCCCUCCUCCAAGACUAAAGACCUGGGCCACAACGACAAGUCGUCGACGCCCGGGCUCAAGUCGAACACUCCGACGCCGCGGAACGACGCGCCCACCCCGGGCACCAGCAGCACCCCGGGGCUGCGGCCCAUGCCCGGCAAACCCACCGGCAUGGACCCCCUGGCCUCGGCCCUGCGCACGCCCAUCUCCAUCGCGGGCUCCUACGCCGCCCCCUUCGCCAUGAUGGGGCACCACGAGAUGAACGGGUCCCUCACCAGCCCCGGGGCCUACGCGGGGCUGCACAACCUCCCCCCGCAGAUGAGCGCGGCCGCCGCCGCCGCCGCCGCCUACGGCCGGUCACCAAUGGUGAGCUUUGGAGCUGUUGGUUUUGACCCACACCCGCCCAUGCGAGCCCCCGGCCUGCCCUCCAGCCUGGCCUCCAUCCCCGGGGGGAAACCAGCCUACUCGUUCCACGUGAGCGCCGACGGGCAGAUGCAGCCGGUGCCGUUCCCGCACGACGCGCUGGCGGGGCCCGGCAUCCCCCGGCACGCGCGGCAGAUCAACACGCUGAGCCACGGCGAGGUGGUGUGCGCCGUCACCAUCAGCAACCCCACCCGGCACGUCUACACCGGCGGCAAGGGCUGCGUCAAGAUCUGGGACAUCAGCCAGCCCGGCAGCAAGAGCCCCAUCUCCCAGCUCGACUGCCUGAACAGGGAUAACUACAUCCGCUCCUGCAAGCUGCUCCCGGACGGCCGCACGCUGAUCGUGGGGGGCGAGGCCAGCACGCUGACCAUCUGGGACCUGGCGUCGCCCACGCCCCGCAUCAAGGCCGAGCUCACCUCCUCGGCCCCCGCCUGCUACGCCCUGGCCAUCAGCCCCGACGCCAAAGUCUGCUUCUCCUGCUGCAGCGACGGCAACAUCGCCGUGUGGGACCUGCACAACCAGACCCUCGUCAGGCAAUUCCAAGGCCACACAGACGGUGCCAGCUGCAUAGACAUCUCCCACGAUGGUACGAAGUUGUGGACGGGGGGCCUGGACAACACGGUGCGUUCCUGGGACCUGCGGGAAGGGCGGCAGCUCCAGCAACACGACUUCACCUCCCAGAUCUUCUCCCUGGGGUACUGCCCGACGGGCGAGUGGCUGGCAGUGGGCAUGGAGAGCAGCAAUGUGGAGGUGCUGCACCACACCAAGCCCGACAAGUACCAGCUGCACCUCCACGAGAGCUGUGUCCUCUCCCUCAAGUUCGCCUACUGCGGGAAAUGGUUUGUGAGCACUGGGAAAGACAACCUGCUCAACGCCUGGAGGACGCCCUACGGAGCGAGCAUCUUCCAGUCCAAGGAAUCCUCGUCCGUCUUAAGUUGUGACAUUUCAGCGGAUGACAAGUACAUCGUCACGGGCUCUGGUGACAAGAAGGCCACAGUCUACGAGGUCAUCUACUGAGCGUGGAGUUUCUGGGAGGGCUGGCAGCUCCCGGCCCCGCAGGACUCGGGAAGCAGCGGGGGAUGCCACGGGGUGGCCCAGGGACCGUGCCCGCUCCGAGGGGGCUCUGCCCGGCGUCCGCCACACACGGAUUUAUUUGGAGAUCUGCGACUCUGGCACACGUUGGAGCCCUUAAACGGAUGUUUCUUUGGUUUUUAGGGUCGUGGGGUUUCUUUUGAUUUUUUUUUUUUAAUUUUUUUUUUUUAAUUUUUUUUUUUUGGUUUCCCGGUUCUUUCCGUCUGCGCUUUGGUGGCACUAUAAAGGACUCCUUUUUUUAUCGUGACUUUUUUUUUUUGGUUUUGUUUUGUUUUGUGCAGCCUUGCAUAAGACUUGUGAAAAGUGUAAAUACCGGACUAGUAAAUAGCGUUGAAGGGGGGUCCCUCCCGGUACACUA